AUGUAUACCUGCCGGCUCGUAUUUUCCAAAUAUUAUAUCAUCCAUCAACAAGGGAUCCUCGUUCUCUGCUACAUUACAAAGGUUCUCAUUGUGGAAUUAGCCAAUCUGACUCAUUCUAGUUCCGGCAACAAUAACUUUCUCUCGUCCUUGCCUUCAAACACCAUCUCUUACUUCAAAGCUCAAGACUUGGGAUCAAAUCUCGUCCUCAUAUUAUCAGUUUCGGCCGCAAUGGAAGGAAUUCGCAUGUGGGUAGUCCUCCUUUUUUGUAUUUUCCACAUUAAAGUGACACAUUGUGUGGAGGAGGAGGUCAAGAGCUCAAUGAUAAGCUUCCUUGCCAAACUCUCUGGCCAGCAGAGUUUUUCUACUAUGAAUUGGAAGGGAGACUCUGAUCCUUGUACGGACCUCUGGCAAGGCGUAGCCUGCGAUUCUCGUAAUGUAUCAGUAAGAAGGCUAUUUCUAGACAGGUUGAAUUUAUCUGGAACUCUUGAUGCUGCUAUUCUCUGCAAUAGUCAACCUCUAGCUGAUUCUUUGAUAAUUCUGAGUCUUGGUGGAAACAACGUCAGAGGAGGAAUAGCAGAUGAGAUUGGAAACUGCAAACAGAUAACUCGCUUGUAUUUAGGGGGAAAUCAACUUUCUGGGGAACUUCCUCCUUCGCUUGCCGUGUUAAAUAAUCUGAAAAGGCUUGACAUUUCGAACAAUAAGUUUUCUGGUCACUUGCCAGGCUUGUCCAGAAUCUCAGGGCUGAAUGUGUUUCUCGCCCAGAACAAUAACCUCAGUGGGGCGAUACCCGGGUUUGAUUUCUCCAACCUUUACAAGUUUAAUGUUUCAUUUAACAAUUUUAGUGGCCGAAUCCCAGAUGUGCAUGGCCGAAUCUCUGAAGAUAGCUUUUUGGGUAACCCUGAACUCUGUGGGCAACCAUUGCAGAAGAACUGUGCCAUUCACACUCUUAAUGAAAAAUCUGUAGAACCAAAUGGAUCAAAUGAAAUGAAUGGAUCAAAUGAAUCAAAGGGUCCUUCUAAAGAUCAAAUCCUGAUGUAUUCAGGAUAUGCUGCAUUGGGUUUGGUAAUUAUCCUUUUCAUACUUUAUAAACUAUGUACAAGGAAGAAAAAACAGAAGGCUGAAGCAUCAAAUAAGGUCGCAUCAAGUAGUGAUCAUGAUGUGUUCGACAAACCUGGCAAUGCUUCAAGCGGACAAAAAUCGGUAAUAAGCAGAUCCGAGUUUUCAGUCAACUCUGAAGGGGGGACGGUUUCACAGUCACUUAUACUUCUUACACAACCAGUGGUAAGUGAAUUGAGACUUGAGGACUUGCUGAGAGCCCCUGCAGAAUUGCUUGGCAGAGGUAAGUAUGGUAGUCUUUAUAAGGUGAUGCUGGACAACAGGAAGACAGUGGUUGUGAAAAGGAUCAAGGACUCAGCUACUUCCAGCCAUGACUUCAAGCUAAAAAUGGAAACUCUAGGCCAAGUGAAGCACCCUUAUGUGCUCUCACCACUUGCUUUCUAUUGUUCCAAUCAAGAGAAGCUUCUGGUCUACGAAUUCCAGGAAAAUGGAAGCUUAUUCCAGCUUCUUCAUGGCGAGUCAAAGGGAUUUGAUUGGACCAGCAGGCUAGGAAUUGCAGCUAUGAUAGCAGAGGGAUUAGCCUUCAUGCAUCAAGAGGUUGGGGAGAAAGGUAUUGCACAUGGAAACUUGAAAUCCUCCAACAUUUUGCUGAGCCAUAACAUGGAGGCACGCAUAAGCGAGUAUGGUGUGAUGAGCAUGGACGAUGAACUGAGCUUAUCUUCUGCAAGCCCUCGUCCUUCUGGUUCUGGGCUACCAAAUGCGUUGAAGGCAGAUGUGUAUGGAUUUGGGGUGAUUCUUCUUGAGCUACUCACAGGGAAGUUAGUGAAGAACGAUGGCAUUGACUUGGCGGAGUGGGUCCAAUCUGUUGUGAGGGAAGAAUGGACUGGUGAGGUGUUUGACAAGGAACUGAUAUCAGAGUAUGCGAGUGAAGAGAGAUUGGUGAAUCUGCUUCGAAUGGCUAUCAAAUGUGUUCAUCGUUCCCCAGUAGCCAGGCCAUGUAUGAAUCAGGUGGCUCUCAUGGUUAACACUAUCAAAGACGAAGAAGAGAAAUCUUUGAUCUAUGAAGCCUGA